AUGGCCAUCAACCCGGACGAUGUAAACUACACGCCCCCAUCCUCCGUCGGCCGCGAAAUAGGCAUAAUGUUCGCCUUCAUCGGCGCAUUCCUGGUGACGGUUGUCCUCUACGGACUUGCGUGGCGGAUCCACCAAAAUCGCACUCACAAGGAAGACAUUGCCCACCGCAAAGCCUUCCUUAGCCGGAUCGCCCCAACGGCUAACUCGUCCUUGGACUUCGACAGCUCGCUCGGCACGACGGCCACCGUGACUGCCGGUAGCCACAACAGCUACACCGCGGUCCCGGUAUCUUUCCAGCGGGCGCGCGCGCACGAGGUUGUCUUUGAUCGGUACGGGUCUGUGGGGAACCGCGCCGAGUUACCGGUGCACAGCCGCGAGGUGUCGGAUGCGGACAAGGAGCGGAUAAGGCAGAAUGUGAGUGUCAGUGAGUUGCCGGGGGCGCGGUCGUCGAAGCCUACUGGCAAAAGGCCGGCUGGGAGGGGAAUAUAA